UUAUUAGGCAAUGGGUACAAGAUGGAAUAGCAACGUGUUAGUGAGGAUGAUGCUGGUGGAAGCAGCUGUGCUGACAACACACUGCCUGGAGCUGUCCACGCACCUGCCCCAGCAGCACCAACAGCUCCUGCAGGAUGGAGACUCGGCCCAGCAGCACUACCAACAGCUACUGCAGGAGGAAAACUCGGCCCAGCAGCACUACCAACAGCUACUGCAGGAGGGAGACUCGGCCCACCUCAACCUUCAUGUUUCAGAACACCUGAUCCCCCUGGAUGAAAAUUCUUUACACGAAGCUGAAAUGGCGGAAAUUACAACCACAGAAAGUUCCCUUGAACAAUCAGAAGAAACUUAUAAUUCUACCGACAAAGCUAAAAUGUCAAAUUAUAACACCACCCUUGUUAGGGAAGAUGUUAGAUCACGGGAUGUUAAUUCUACACACAAAGUUAAAAUAUUAGAAAACAUUGAUACAAUGGAAGCAGAACAAGAUAUAAACAAGUCUAUGAAUGUUAAAACGAAUAUAAUCGGACAAAAUAAAGAUAAUAGCAUAAACAUAACAGUACCAAUAAAAAUUAUAGAUGAUGAUAAUAUAAACAAAACAGAACUAUAUAAGAACAUUCCAAGCUAUAAUGAACCAGAGAUGGAGAGUGGGAUCCUGUCUCUAUCAAAGAAUAACAAGAUAAAGAGCGGUGACAACACCGCCACUGUCCUCACGGACAUCCGUGAUGCACUGUACAGAGAGGACACCAAAUGUGAUCAAGCUUUCAGAGACAGUAUUGAACAAGAACUACACUACUUGAGAGAUAGCAGCGAGGACGCCUUUGGCACGAUGUCCACCAACUUCGAAAGAUUAAGAGAAAACAUGGACCAAAAAAUAGGUCUUAUAUUAGAGACGUUUUCCACGUUGAAGUUGUUGGUUAUGAGCCAGGGAAGCCAGUUGACAGCAAUGCAGGAGAAGCUGCAGGGAGUCCAGGAACACACACAAAACUUCCAGGUACAGAUAGAUGGACUCCAGCUAUCACUGGUAGAGGUCGAGAGUAAGUUAAGAACUGACACACCUCAGACAGUCUCUUAUUACAGUGACAACAUCCUGACGGAGGAGGACAUCCUACAGCCACAAGUAAACAUCACUCACUUCGAUGACAAGAUUCAAGACACCAAAUCUUCUCUGGACGAUCUCACAUCAAAAGUAAAAGAUUUCAAUGAUGCUGUAAAAUCCUUAAGGGACGAACUAGAUAACUUGAAAAUGAAUAUCACCGGGCGUCCUACUAGUGCAAUACUCAACACGAAGAAAGAUGCUACUGACUCCACAACAUGUCACUGCAUCAGUGAUGAACGUAGACAUUCAUUAGUAAAACUGGAAGAAGUUCAGGAGAAGCAGAAGACUGAACUUAAUAUACUUACCAUGAAAAUGUCAGCGUUGGAGAGCAAGCAGGGUGAGGCUGGGAACAAGAACUGGAGCUACACUCAACGUGUGGGCGAAGUAGAGGCCACCUCCUUCAAUGACCUGACCUCUGUCACCAGGAAGGUCACCGCCCUCCAGGAAGAACUGAACAACUUGACGCAGGUGAUGGCCACGACCACCGCUGGAGCUACUCACACUAACAAUACUACGACAGAAGACGUCGCUCUGGAGGGCGUGUGUGUGUGGCCAUAUCGUCGUGGCGGUGGUGGUUGCUAUCAUGUUAGCAGGGAGGAGCGUCUGACCUGGCAGGAUGCUCGGGCACACUGUCACAGCCUCCAGGGAGACCUCGCUGCCCCACUACACUACAGCCAGUUCAAGCAUUUCAUUCUUAAGCUCAGACUUAGCCGAACUUACACCUACUGGAUAGGUGCCUCAACUGCUGGCAAAGAUGAGGAGUGGAAGUGGUUAGAUGGACGUCCCGUGAGGUGGGAGGUGUGGGGCAGCAGCCAACCUCAGCCUCUCUACUCCCAGUGUCUAGCACUCAAACCUGCGUACAAGUUUGUGGUGUCAGCGGAAGGAUGUGGGGAAAGUAGGUUCUACAUCUGCCAGCAAGAGAGAUUAUUGUGAUAGUACAUUCUUCUGGUUCAUUCUCAACGAAACUAAAUUUCUUAUCGUGAUUAAUGUUAAGAUUAUUUUUAUCUAUUAGCAAUAAUUAUUUAUGGUACUUUUUAUUUAUUUGAAACAUGCUAUGUAGUAUAUACUGUGUAUAAAUCUUCCCCAAGUUUUUACUUUUAUAUUUAUAAAAUAAAUGCCAGUUUUAAUUGGGAGUCAAAUACUUUCCAUUUGUUUUU